AAAUAAUUAAAUAAAUAGAGCAGUGGCAGGUUCGUAGUGAUGCAUGGUCUAAGUUUUGUAGCCUCGUUCGCCACUCUCUUCAUGACAAUGAUGCAAGUAACGAUAACGAUGUUGCACUCCCAAAAAACAAGUUAACACUGUUCGCGGAUGUGAGACUCGAUGGUUCAUAUGCAUCCUAUUGCAGAAGACCUAUUCGACGAAAUGCGUAAGAGUAAAACAAACUCCGAUAUUGCAGCCAGCUACCUUGUGAGGACAUAGCGUUGGAAGUUUCAUAAACGUAUACCAUUUUUAAGUAUUUAUUAUCAUAUAAAUUGGAGUUGGUAUUGUUCUGUAUCUUUGAAACCACUUGUGUUGCUGCUUCCUUUACUAGGCUAACGUAUAAAUUAAAAGGGGCUAAAGCCCCAAACCUCCAAAGAACAAAGAUCCAAACUUGAGUGGAGAUGUCAGGCAGAGGGCGGGGACGGGGGGGACGGGGAGGAUGGGGAUGGGGACGAGGAGGUGGAUUUAAUACAUUUGCCUCUCAAGUUCCAUUUGAUCUUUUUCCUGAGGCUGUUACUUUGCCUGAUGUUAACCUUGAUGAUAUUCAUGAUGAUACCAAAAAGUUGCUUCGUUGGGAUAGUCACCUUCAAAAUUAUUGGGAAGCCUCUCCUUAUUUUCUCGAGGACAAAACCUCCAAGAAGAGGCAAAGUAUGCACAUAGCUAAAUUCUCUGACAGGAAGAAGAACGAUUUCACUCGUGACUCUCUCUCACAAGUUUUAAUGUUCAAUGAUUUCCCUCAGGAGUUAGUUCAAGGUGCAUCUAAGCGUGCGUCGAGAAGAAAAAAGUUUCGAUGGAACCCAGAGUCAGAGAUGAAGAAACUUGAUUUCUUUGAACAACAAGAGAAAACAAACCAGAUUGAUACUUCAACAACCUCCUCUGCUGCUUUCAUCAUCACCACUAUUUAUUGCCACUGUCAUUGUGAACACUACCACAACCUUUGCCACUCCACUGAUGCCAUUAUUGUUUUCACCACCAGUGCUAAUCCCGUUAGUAUUGCCUCCACCACCGUUGCCGUCAAUUUUAUUAUCACUACAUCCAGUAUCAUUGCAUUGUUACUACCACCAUCACCAUAACUACCAUUGCAGCAACUCUCCAUUAGCAAACUUCAAGGAAUGUUGAGCACUAGAUCAUUAGUUUUGGGAGUAAGAUUGCAUUUGGUAUUUUGGUCCAAAUGAAUAUUGUAUUUCUUUUUCAGAUUCUAGU